AUGGUGUACUGUGCUGAUGGUGUUAGUUUUACUAAAGUGCUGAUGUUCAACUCAAGGACAGGGCAAUGGACAGUUCUUCCAGAAUGCCACAAAGAGUACUUCUCCAUAGCAGUAGUGAGAGGGAAACUGACAGCAAUUGGAGGAAAACAAUCAUACAAAGCCACAAACACUCUUCUCAUUCUCCCACAGGACAGACCAGGCAUCUUCCAACAGAAGUGGAUUGAACAAUUUCCACCAAUGACAUACCGUCGCAAUGCCCCAGCAGUCGCUACCACCAACACAUCACUGAUAGUAGCUGGAGGAUGGGGUCCAGAUGAUAAGAAGGCACCAGUAGAAGUGAUAGACAUUCUGACACUACAAUGGUCCACAGUAGCCAGUCUACCUCUUCCUCUCUGGAAUGCCACAGCCACCAUAUGUGGGGACAGACUCUAUAUUGGUGGUGGGUUAAGUAGUGGUUGGAAUACAACCAAGUCAGUGGUAAUGUGUGAGGUGAAAGACCUCUUCCAGUCACAGUCACAGUCACUAGCCAUCAGACCAGGUCUCCCCAGUAGUCCUCCAGUGUGGAAAGAGGUUGCUCCACUUCCAGUAGAGCUGUCUUCUCUCGUCACCUUCCAAGGCCAGCUACUGGCAGUAGGAGGAGGGAAUCCACGUAGCACCUCUGACGUGAUGCAAUAUGAUGCAACCACCAACUCUUGGAGUGUCAUUAGCCACAUGAAAAUGAAGCGACGUUAUUGCCUUGCAGCAGUUCUUCCUAACAACACACUGAUGGUGUGUGGUGACAUAGCAAAAACUACAUCUGUUGAAAUAGCUUCUGUUUAG